AUGGCUCAGAUGGACUCGUCGGCCCCAGCUCCUGCUCCUGUUCCUGCUUCAGCACUUCCUCUGGUAUCGCCCAUCAUGGAGGAGAACGAACGCCCCGAUCUGGUGCGCGCCAUGGACUCGUCAGGUACCGACGUGACGGAUGUGUCGGAAGACUACGAAACCGAGACGGACAACGACGUGACGGGCCCGGACGAUGUCGACGUCCAGAGAAUGCAUUUCCAGCCCGCCCAUGCAAUCGCCGACGGACAGAUGACUCCUGCCUCGCAGUUUGGUUGGAGUGUGUCCAGCCACUCGCGCGCCCGGAAUGGCUCUGGUGGGACUAACGGCCCGUCUAACAUCAACACGGCCUUGAGUCCCGAGGCAGCAUACCCAGCUCCUCCUCAGCUCCUGUCCACCCAUCCCAUACCGCCGCAGCAAGCUCGUCCAGCACGCCCGCCGAAUGUGCGCCAGCCCUCUAACGCCUACGCUCCCGCUCGCCGUCCUCACCAAUACUCCUACAACAACACUGCUCAACGUGCAGCACGUACUACUUCUACAAACCGUGUGCGACGCAACCCCAACGCCGAAUACCGCGCUCAAGAGAAGGCAUACGUUCAGCGCUUGCGCCAGGAUGCACCACCCGACGACUUCUUCGUUGGCGAGCCUCGAACUCCCAGUCUCGAUUACAGUGAUGGCUCCGAGCCCGACGAUGAUUCGCCUGCUGCUGGAGAGGUGCUAGAACAUGAACAUGAUGAAGAGACGUUACUAUACUACGGCAACGAAGAUAUGCAACCGUCGAUCGAGGAGUUGAAGAUACCGGAGAAUCGCGAACGUCUGNAAUGGCACUCUAUGCUAGCCAACGUCCUAACUGGAGAUGUCGUCAAGCAAGAAAAGAAACGUUUGAUUGGUGGUCAGGACCCUCAAAGUGACAGGUCGAUGAUCAUGGAGGUCUGGACUGGAGUAAGAGCAAAGGUCUGCGGCCGCUCUCUGGCCGCACAACGGCGUAUGAUCGAAGACGGACGCAGCAAAAUCAAGGCUGUUAUCGAAGAGAUCAUUGGAUUUGAAAUCAAGGGCGAGGCUGAGGCAGGCAAGAUACCUCUCGAGCAAGUCCGAGAUGUCGUGCAAAAGAUUGAAAAGAUCGAAGGACUAUACCCUACGCGCAUGUCUUUCGUUCAGGCAAACCCGCGUGCCGCAUCGGACGCCUACAUCAACAGCUGCGAUGCUGUCAUGUCAUGGCACAACACGACCGAUCUCAUCAACACUCAACUCGGCAUUCUGCAGGCUUGGGUUGGAAACCAAGAGCUGUCGUUUGACAAGCCACGCCAACGCGGUCUUCAAGAUACUCAUGGACACAUCAUUGACGAGAGUACCUUCAUUGACCGCAUCCUCAAGGAAGAUGGUCUUCGCUCGCUGUGGGACGAAGAAAAGGAGACCAAGGAAAACAAACCCAACGGUCUCUUCCACGUCGUCAACACUGUCAUCGACAAGGCCAAGUCUACCCUCAUCUCCAAUGCCGAGUCUUUCGCAGAUCGUCACUUGCCUCCGUACAUUGAGGAGUUGUUGACUCUGAUCAACUUCCCUUCGCGUCUUGUUCAAGAGAUCAUCAAAGUUCGUAUAGGUUAUGCGAAGAAGAUGAAGGAUCCUGCUCAACAAGGUGUCAUGAUGGCCGAGCAAAUGAUUCUGCAGUUCCAGAGUCUUCUCAAGCUGGCUGUUAAGGUCAAGGAAGCAUACCUUCUUGCUGCUCACCCCGAACCUGGUUGGGAUCUGCCACCUUGCAUUGACGAAAACUUUGACCGUAUCGUUCUCGAAGCUGUCCGCUUCUACUUCCGCAUGCUGAACUGGAAGUUGAUGGCCAACAAGAACACGUUCAAAGAGGCUGAAAUUCUUGAACAAGAAUGGGGGUUCUGCAAUGAGUUGGGUAGGCACCUCGAAGGUGGUGAUGUUGAGGUUGCCGAGCAGUUCAGUUCGUUGACCUCCAAGUCGCUCACCAGACUGACAUUGCACUUCGAACGCGAGUUGCAGAAACGACCCGACGAAGUCGCUGGUGCCGAGAUGGACAAGAGAUAUAAGAACAUUCUCGACUCUGUCCGUGUACGACAGCGUAAGAUCUUCCGUUUCUCCCGUUUGUUGAGCCAACGCUUUGAGAACUCUACCGAGUACAGUCUCAACAUGAACUCGGUGCACAUGCAAGACUUGAUCGAUACACUCAUCGGUUCAGGUCACUUCCUCAUUGACACGGAUUCAGAGAAGACUGGCUUGUACUUCAUCGCUUGUCCGACCCUAGACGGUCGACUCAAGGAGAUCGAAACCUUGCUUCGUACCUGUUACCAUCCUGAAGAAUCCAUCGAAGACCUCACUAAUCCGUACGUCCUAAUCCUCAAACCUGAGGGCUCUAUCUCGUGGGAUGGCGCGGUACUCGAAAGAUCUGGUUUCUCACCGCCUCACAUUGACCUCCGUACUGGUUUCAUGCGUCUCGUCGCCGAUGGCCCACAGGAAAGACUCGGAGAUGCCAACACCGCCUUUGCCUCAAACAUCAACCUCGAUCUCAACGUCGUGGUGCCGCAACGCGCCAACAUGACACGAGUCAACCAGGAACUUCAAAAAAUCAGACGCACGACUUAUAAGCUCAGUAAUACCAUCAUGGACAGUGUUGAGAUUGUGCGCAAGCAGACCGAAGGACUUCAGUGUCAGGAGCUCAUUCAAACAUGUUUCGCGUUCGCCACUGAAUUCGGACAACGUUCAGUGCUUUACAUGGAUCCCAACCGCCGUGCUUACCACAAUCUCAAGAUGACAAGACUUGCAUUAGACUGGGUCAGCUUCGUUGCUGACGAUUGUAUUCCUUCAGACCGCAAAACUUUCCGCUGGGCUGUCGUAGCACUCGAAUUCGCCAUGGUCAUGACACGAGGACAGAACAUUCUGUCCAUCAGCAUGACCGAGUAUGAUAAGCUGCGAGCCAAGGUUGCUGGAUGUAUGUCCUUGUUAAUCAGUCACUUCGACAUCAUGGGCGCUCGUUCGAACGUCGCUGCCGAAGCAGAGAAACAGCGAUUGGAGAGUAUGGCUGGCAAGCUGCGUCUGGACGUCAGCAAGCUGAAGGACGACGACGAGAGCUCUAAACUUGUACAGCAGCAAUGGGUUGAACAGCUCCAACAGAUUGAUGAAUUCCGAAAGGAGCGUGAAGCUGAACGACAAGCACUUGGACGUGUCCUUGAGGACAGUAACGAGGCCGAUCGUGCAUUGACAUAUCUUUCCGCUUCGGCAGGAAACGUUGUAUUGCGUUGGCAGCAGGGCCAGUUCGUUGGUGGCGGUACCUUCGGUUCCGUCUACGCUGCCAUCAACCUCGACAGUGGUCAUCUCAUGGCUGUCAAGGAGAUUCGACUACAAGACCCUCAACUCAUUCCGACCAUUGUAUCACAAAUUCGUGACGAGAUGGGAGUUCUACAGGUCCUCGACCACCCUAACGUUGUCAGUUACUACGGUAUUGAGCCUCACAGAGACAAAGUCUACAUCUUCAUGGAGUACUGUUCAGGCGGUAGUUUGGCAGGCCUCCUUGAACACGGCCGUAUCGAAGAUGAGACUGUCAUCCAAGUAUACGGUCUUCAGAUGUUGGAAGGUCUUGCCUAUCUUCACGAAGCAGGCGUCGUUCACCGCGACAUCAAGCCCGAGAAUAUUCUUCUUGACCACAAUGGUGUAAUCAAAUACGUCGAUUUCGGUGCCGCCAAGGUCAUCGCCAAGCAGGGGAAAACACUCGUGGCCGAUCCGACAGGCCGUGGUGGACGUCAAAACUCCAUGACCGGUACGCCAAUGUACAUGUCUCCCGAAGUCAUCAAGGGCGGCGCACCCGUCAACUCCCGUCACGGCGCCGUCGACAUCUGGUCGCUGGGCUGUGUCAUUCUCGAAAUGGCUACUGGUCGUCGUCCCUGGGCUUCUCUGGACAACGAGUGGGCCAUCAUGUACAACAUUGCUCAAGGCAACCCGCCCCAGCUUCCCUCGAACGACCAGCUCUCCGAACUCGGCUUGGAUUUUUUGAACAAGUGCUUCGAGCGUGAUCCGGCGAAGAGAUCUUCGGCUGCUGAAUUGUUGCAGCACGAUUGGAUCAUGCAGUUGAGGAACCAGUUGUCUCUUGAGCCCGGCACGCCGGCCACACCAGCUUCUGAGGCAAGCUUUGGCAGUAUGAGUAGGCAUGAGAGCAUGAAUGGAUCUUAUGGUGGUUGA